AUGUUCAAAGCCUCGUUUGCGCUCCUCUCACUCCUCUCAUGUCUGACAGCAGCUUUCGCUGCCGGUCCUCCUACCUCGAAGAUUAAAAACAUCGUCACCUUCGGCGACUCUUACACCCAAGUAGAGCAAGCGACAGGUGACGGUGGCCAGGCAUGGCCAGUCUACGUCGCCGACUAUGCUAAUCUCACUCUCUUCCCCUUCGCCCGCGCGGGUGCAGUCUGCUCGAACAACCUCACCUUCAAGCCAUUCCCCUCCAUCUUUGAGAGUCAGCUUCCAUUGUUUUUCACGGAGUUGGAGAACGGGACGCUGCAUCUGAAUCAGGAAGAGACAGUAUAUACUCUGUGGAUUGGGACGAACGAUGUCGGUGUUGGUGCACUGCUUACGGGCGACCAAACCAAGGGUGUUACGCUUGUUGACACCGUCGGCUGUGCGGUAAACUGGGUUAAGGCGCUCUUUGAGAAGGGAGCAAGGAACUUCAUCUUCCAGAACAUGAUUCCUCUUCAAGAUACUAUUCUCUACUCCGCCAACUCGUACCCAAACCAUUACUGGCUACUUCCGAGGAAUACCACCGAGUGGAGCGUGUUCAUGACGGAGCUCACGACGUCUGGUAAUGAGAUUGCCCAGCUCAUGCUCCAAAACGUCGCAAAAGAGCUGCCUGAGGCUCACAUCGGUUUGUUCGACUCACACGGCCUCUUCACAGACAUCUUCACCAACCCCUCGAAGUACUUGAACGGAACUGUACCGGUGAACGUCACUGGUGCCGUGUCGCAGUGCAUCUUUCCAGAAGGUGGAAACGGCACACCGACUUGCACGUUCGUAAAUGGCCCUGCACGGGAUAGCUUCAUGUGGUUUGACGAGCUUCAUCCGUCUGAACAGUCGGACAGGACCGUUGCACGGAACAUUGCAAACGCUAUCCUGAGGAUACCGACUCAGUGGAUUUCGUGGUUCUAA